CAGAAUAUGAUUACAGCAUUACAAGAUUAGAUUAUAAACAUGCAUGCUCAUUAUGAAAUGGUUUCGUGCGUUCGAUCUACGAUCCAAAUCGCAUACAAUAUGGACAACCAACGACUGGUUGGAAACAGUUGCAGUGAGACCUGCUUGCAGAGACAACAUGUUCCAUCCAAUGUGCGUCACGGCUCAUACCGGCAAUCUGUUUGCCAUUUUGUUUCUAACAUUGGCGAUCAGCGAACUACACACGGCACCGGUUCAUGUAAUGUACGAACGAUUCCAGCAGAACAAUGGAACCGAUCUGAUCGAUGCGGCAAACCUACGCAUACGAAAGUUCAACCGCACGCUGACCGUGUUUGAUGGAACGUUCGAGCUGUACCGUGAUAUGGAUGACGACUACACUUUCAGCGUGUCCCUUUCGUACAGCACGCUGGGAAACAAUCAGUUUAUCCGAUCGCCAUUCCGUCUACCGCAGCAGCACGUUUGCACCUUUCUCAACACAACCUACCGAGACUAUCGGGAGUUCUACCGCCAUGUGACAAACUUACCGGACGUGGGUACAUGCCCGAUGCCAGCCCAGCAGUACUAUAUUAGAAAUAAGGUUCUGGACUCGAAGCUAAUCAAUAACUACUUUCAACCAGGGCUGUGGAGGUUUGAUCUGUUGAUAUUAAAGAAGCAUGUCGAGUCUCCGCUCUUGAGUGCUGAGGUAUUGUUUAAGGUUUCGAAGGAAGAUAUUUUUUGAAAAGGGAAAAUAAAUAGAUAUCAAUAACGCUA